AUGGCAGCGCGCAGAGCCACGCCGCAGGAGGCCGCGGAGGCCGCCAUACGCUCCGUCGGCCUCGGCUUCGACGUCGUCAGCGACGUCCGCCUCAAGUACUGCAAGCAGCGGGGCGCGCCCGACCCCUGGCUCAUCGAGCUCGACCAUGGGGAGGCUCAGGAUAUCGUGCUGCCAGGCGGCGUCACCGUUGCUGGCGUCACCAAGUCGGUUAAGUGCGACAAAGGGGAGCGGAUGAGGUUCCGCUCCGAUGUCCUGUCGUUCCAGCAGAUGUCUGAGCAAUUCAACCAGGAGCUAUCUUUGUCUGGGAAAAUUCCAUCUGGCUUCUUCAAUACUAUGUUUGAGUUUUCUGGCAGCUGGCAGAAAGAUGCUGCUAAUACCAAAACACUUGCUUUUGAUGGUUGGUAUGUCACACUAUACAGUGUCGCACUCUCAAAAGGGCAAAUUGUACUCCGGGAUCAUGUUAAACAGGCUGUUCCAUCAACCUGGGAACCUGCUGCCUUGGCAAGGUUCAUUGAAAAAUUUGGCACUCAUAUAGUUGUUGGUCUAAAGAUGGGCGGGAAAGAUGUAAUUUAUUUGAAGCAACAGCAUUCAUCGACCUUGCAAGCUGCUGAUGUUCAAAAACGAUUGAAGGAGAUGUCAGACAGGAAAUUUUUUGAUGCAAAUGGGCAAUCUGACAUGGGUUUCAAGGACACAUAUGGGAACAAUAAGAGUGAUAUCAGAGAGCAACAGCUGAGAUUUGUACAGUCCAGUCCAUUGAAUUCUUACUCGUCAACUGAGGUUGAUGUUGGUAAAAGACCAGUUACAGGACUCCGGUUGUUCCUUGAAGGAAGGAAGAGCAACAAAUUAGCUAUACAUCUCCAACAUCUAUGCUCUCUUCCUCAGAUUAUUCAGCUUGAAGAUGACCCUUACAAUCACCAAAUUCCAGAAUAUGACCGCAAAUACUACGAACCAAUUGGACCGUGGAAGCGUUUCUCUCAUGUCUGCACAGCACCAGUCGAGUCAGAUGAUUUGUCCAUUGUCACAGGGGCACAAUUAGAUGUGGUUAACCAUGGCCUCAAGAAAAUUCUGUUCCUUCGCCUGCAUUUCUCCAAAGCCUGCAAUGUUGUUGUAAGGAACUCGGAAUGGGAGAAUUCUCCCAACCUAGCUCAGAAAUCAGGCCUUAUCUCAACACUCAUCAGCACACAUUUCUCCUCAGUAGCUCAGAAGCCCCCACCGCGGCCAGCUGAUGUGAACAUAAACUCGGCAGUGUACCCUGGUGGCCCACCUGUUCCAGUGCAGACCCCAAAGCUGCUCAAGUUUGUUGAUCCAACAGAGAUGAUGCGUGGGCCGCAGGACUCACCGGGCUAUUGGGUGGUUUCAGGUGCAAAGCUGAACCUUGAGAGGGGUAAGAUAUCAUUGCGGGUGAAAUACUCACUGUUGACAGCUAUGAUGCCAGAUGAUGAGUCACUUGAUGAUGAUGAAUUUUAG